CCCAUUUGUUAUGUUUUUACACUCACUCUCUCGCGAGUGGACAAGCCCUUUUCCACUCACUGUUUUAAUGCUAAUGAAAGCAAAAUGAAAGAUACCGCCUGCUCGUGUACUUCGCCGUGCAGCGUGAUAAUUGCCGGCCCAAUAAAUUAACAGCGCCACUCUCUUAUUGUGAUUGGGCAAAAGAACACGGCUAAGUGAGCGCAGAUUGCGGAUUAGCUGGACGGCAAGGCUCGCAGCAACUUCAACGUGUAAAGUACUGUGACUAUAUCCUUCUUCUAUGAAAGCUAAGAGUAGAUAAUUAAUUUUUAAAAUGAACGCAUCAAGAAAAAAUAAUUUAAAAAAUGUUGGUUUUUGUUUUUGAAAAAGUUGUUUGUGGAUUAUGAAAAAUUUACUAGUCUCCUUUUCUUUCAAAUAAUUAUGCGGAAGGCAAUCAUGCAGAGAGUUUUAAUACUUGUACACGUUACACGUUCAUACAUUAUAGUUUCAAAUAUUAAAAAAUGCGUUUAAUAAUAAAUUCAUUCAAUAUUAAAAAAACGUACUAGUGCAAUGUUUAUAUAUUUAAUUUUCAUUGCUUAUAGGGAUUGUGCUGUGUUCGGAUAUGUGAAAGCAAACUUCCUCCAGAGCGAUAUUCCUCUACGGCACUCUAAUUUCCAAGAGCUGUUAAAUUUCCUUUGAAUACCAGGUCAUAAAAAAGCAGCACCCACAUCAAUUUUCCCUGAUCGCCCGAGAGAGCAGCGAGAGUGAGGAUGAAGGAAGGUGCCUAUGCCGCCGCCACCGCCGUCUAAUAUAAUAAUAAUCAUCGCGGCGUCACUUGGCUUGCUUUUGUUUUCUUCGAAAACGAGCGGAAUUGGCAGCCCGGGGGCGGCAUCCGAGAGGCGGCUAAUCACCUUCUCCACCCACCUGCUUUCCGCCUCGGGGGCGGCUGGCUCGUGGAGAGCGCCAGAGAGCUGCAUACAUACACCCCCGCAGGCCCAGCUCCACACCGAUUAUUACCGAGAAUCAGGAAAAAGCAGAGCAAGAAAAUCAUAUGUUGACGAUUGCCAGGGUGAACCUCACUAAUUGGGGUCCAAGGUUGGUAUUUUAUUUUCGAAGAAAAGCAUUCUUAUGAGGUGCCUUCGAUGUUCAAACCUCAAGUUAUAUCUAAUGUAUCAUACAGUAUAUUUAUUUAUUCUUGUUUAUUCUGCCUUGUCAUUUAAUGUUUGGCAGUGUAUUUAUAUGAACGAUUGCGUGGCUGUGAACGUUAAUCAGUUUUGAUUCACAAGUUUUAUCUUAUCAACUGAGAUAAUUCUCAUAAUAAGUUGCUACGGUCAGACUACACUCAGUAUAGGUGCCUAGAUAUCAAAGAAAAUGUCCGCCUAUAAUACACGCACCUCUUUCAGCUGUGUAAAUUGCCACAUGAAGCAAAAGCAUAAAAAUGAUGAAGGGGAGGAAGCACCAAGCGAAACAAAUUUAAUGGCAGAUGAUCAACAGUUUGAGAGAUUUAGUCAUCAAUAUGUGGUGAAUGCUGGCUUGUGUGAUCUAUUAUUUAAUAAUUUUGAAGUCGAGCACCACCUCUGUGAAGGAUGUACAGACUGCAGUAUUGAUUUGAUAAAACUUUUAAUUUUAAACACGGAACAUGAAGUUGAAGAUUAUACGGAAUAUUUAAACAAACUCAAUUUUGAACAAAGUGACGAGACCCUUGAUGAGUUAGAGGCAGAACUAGCUAAGCUUCAACAAGAGGAGAAAAAAUUAGAGGAGGAUAUUGGAGAAUUCAAUGAGGAAAAGAGGACUUCCCGUGAGUCCAUAGCAGAAAAAGAGGCGUUGGAAAGGAAACGCAAGCUUCAUGAAGCACGUGAGCUGUCAAAACUCGCUAUGAACGAAGAUGAAAUCUCAUCCCUUCAAUUGCGUCUACUUAAUGCAACUCUCUGGUUAAAAACGGUGCAAGAUACAAACGUGUUUAGCGCCUGCUUCAAAAUUUGCGACGAAGGCACUGUGGGUGUGAUUAACAAUUUCUCACUAGACCACUCGCUAAGGGAAAUUAACGCAGCCUGGGGUCAGGCUGCUUUGUUGCUCACAUCCCUAGCAAAAUUAAUUGGACUGGAGUUCGAAAAGUACCGGAUUGUAGCUUACGCAAGCCGUUCUCAUCUUGUGGUUUUAGAGGACGGGCAAAUGCUGCCUCUGUUUAAUUUAAAUGGUUGCGCCUUUAAAUCAAAAGACAAAAGUUUUGACGCAGCAAUGGUUGCAUUUUUAGAAUUAAUGCAACAACUCGAAGUGAGGAUAAAGUCAAUUGAUGCGACAGUUUUGAUGCCUUACGAAAUAAAAGGUGGAGUACUUGAGGACAAAUAUGGCCAAUCAUACUCUAUAAGGAAAGAGUUCAAUUCGGAGGAAGGAUGGCAAAAGGCGCUAAAAUAUAUGUUGAGAAAUUUGCAAUGUUAUUUAUGUUUUGUUUCUGUAUUUUUAACAGAGGAUACUCAUAAAUGAACUGUUUUAUCACAAAUAAUGGCAGUUCAUUAUCCUAUUUAAAAAUGUGAUAAUUUAGAAAUGAGAGCUCAUAUAAUGUGUCUUUGAGUAUUUUUCCCCCGACGUUCCACUUAUAACGCUCCUCGCACAACACCAGUUCUCGUCAACAGUUUUCCUCCAUAUUUCAUACAUCUUAUCAAUAAAGUUAUAUCAUAUUACGCACAAUAGAAGCCGCCUAUACAAACAGUCUCAUUCAUUAACAACUAUCGCACACAUUAUUGAAAAUUCAUAAAUUAAAUCCAUCAUAGAGUCUAAUCAAAAACACCUGUCUGCUGUCUGCUAAAACAUGGAGAUUGAGAGGAGCCUAUUAAAUCUUAAACCUAUAUAUUCGAUAAUAUUCCUUAAUUUCAUCUAUCAUAUCAAUUAAGAUAACAUGAUAAUAUCAUGCAAGAGAAAAACGCAAA